AUGACAACAGUUGGCUAUGGUGAUAUGUAUCCAAAAUCUGUAUCGGGUAAAUUAAUUGGUUCAGUUUGUGGUAUUUGUGGUGUACUUGUUAUUGCAUUACCAAUACCAAUUAUAGUUAAUAAUUUUAGUGAUUAUUAUAAAGAACAACAACAACGUGAAAAAUUCUUAAAACGUAGAGAAGCUAUUGAAAUGGAUAAAACUGAUCGAUCAAGGGUUUUUACACAAUCACAGAUAAUAUCAAAUACAAAUUCAUCUGAUGAUAGUAGUACUGCACAACGCAGAAAUGCUGUUGAAUGUGUAUCAUGUCUUGUACAUACAAAUGAUGAAUCACUGUAUGAUUUAUCAUAUUAUGACAAGUUAGCAUCAUCAUCAUCACCAACAAAACAAAUGUCACAUACACUUCAUCUUUUUUCCGAUAAUAAUCAAAAUAUAAAAGAACAAGAUGUAGAUGUUGAAGAAAUAUUACUUCCUAAAAAGUAA